GCCCAUCGCCCCUGUUUCUUCUCCAACACACGUGAAUCCUCUUCCCCAAAUUUCUUUGUCUCUCUUAGUCCCCUCCCCUCCCGGCCUCUCCGCCCCAUGCUCGAACCCUCCAAGGAGACAGCCAGCGAGGCGGCCAGGUCCCAAAUCUAUCUCAGUUCCUCUCCCGUCGGCUGUCUGUUGCUCUUCUUCGAGAAUAAUCAUGGUCAAACAUAAAAGAAAGUCUGUAACAAUGCAUUCCUUUUUUGAGAAGAAAGCAAGAGUUGAUGCUUCUGUAGAAAAUAAUUUGGGGGCCAGCCCUCACUUGGUGGAUGAACAAGAACCAGCAGUAGAAGAAGAAAUUGCAACAUCAACACCGCCUGAGGUUCAGAGAGAGGGAGGGAACGAUGAUGCUUCUGUUCUGAUAGUAGAAAGGGAUCCGGGUUUGCGAUGCCAAAUUUGGGAUUAUCCUCCUAAUGCUCAAGAACAAGAUCGUAAUGCAUAUAUGAAGCAUGGAGCAUAUCAGAUUGAAAUGGAUGAGUACCCUCUUGACGAUUCAGUAGUCCAUCAACGCAAGUUUCAGUAUCAUUGGUUUAAAUCCUUCCCUUGGUUGGAAUAUUCACCAUUGAAAGAUGCAGUCUAUUGUUUUCCAUGCUUUUUGUUUUAUAAGAAGCCACUUGGAAAAAAGGGUCUAAUGUGUUUACAGUGCAAGGAUUCAGAAAAUGGAAGCGAGUUAAUGAUGGAAACAAAUGCGCAUUCUUGACUCACAUGGGAAAGGAUAGUAAAUCCGCUCAUAGUUUUGCUGUCAAAUGUUAUGAUAAUUUGAAGAAUAAGAAAUGACAUAUGGAACAAUUAGUGGUGAAGCAAACAGAAGAGGACAUCAAGAAGAAUAGGCUUCGUCUUAGAGUAACAAUCGAUGCACUACGGUGGUUAGCAUUCCAAGCUUGCCCCUUCCCUGGGCAUGAUGAAAGUCUUGAUUCAAGGAACCAAGGUAAUUUUCUUGAAAUGGUCAAAUUGGUAGCUUCUUAUGAUGAGGAAAUUGGUGCAGUUGUAUUGGGUAAUGCUCCAGGGAAUGCUAAGUAUACCUCACCUACAAUUCAGAAAGAACUUCUGCAUAUGAUUGCUUUUAAUGUGCAAAAAUAAAUUUGUAAAGAAAUUGGGGAUGCAAAGUUCUGCUUGCUUGUAGACGAGUCAAGAGAUGAAUCCAAAAGAGAGCAAAUGACAGUGGUUAUUCGUUUUGUGGACAAACCUGGUUUCACUCGUGAACGUUUUCUUGAUAUUGUUCAUGUCUCCGAUACAUCUUCAACUACUCUAAAAGAGAAGUUAUCUUCUGUUUUGGCUCAACAUGGAUUAGUUGUGAACAAUAUUCGUGGACAGGGGUAUGAUGGUGCUAGUAACAUGCGUGGAGAGUGGAAUGGUCUACAAGCCAAGUUCAUGGAAGAGUGUCCUUACGCAUAUUACAUUCACUAUUUUGCUCAUCAAUUGCAGCUUGCUCUUGUUGCUGCAUCUAAAGAAGUAGCCGAUGUUCACACCUUUUUCGAUCAUCUUGCUCUUGUUGUCAACAUGGUUGUGUCUUCAAGCAAGAGAAAUGAUGAGCUGCAAGUUAAUCAAGUGACUGAAAUGGAGCAUCUAAUUGAGCUUAGUGAGCUUGAAACCAGAAGUGGGGCUAAUCAAGUAGGAACUUUGCAGCGGCCUUGUGACACUAGGUGGAGUUCUCACUAUGCUUCUAUCUGCAACCUUUUGAAACUAUACAAACCUACAUUCUUGGUACUUAAAAGCAUUGCUACUGCCAAAGGUUCAGGUACCUCACCUUCAGCACGAGCAAAGGCUUAUGGUGCUGUUAAGUUGAUGAUGUCUUUUGACUUCAUAUUUGGUCUUCAUGUCAUGAAAGAACUUAUGGGAAUCACAGACUUGCUAUGCAAAAAGUUGCAACAAAAAUCUCAAGAUAUUGUGAAUGCCAUGGAUGAUGUUAAAACUACAAAAGUGUUGAUUCAGGAACUAAGAGAUAAUGGUUGGAACAAGCUUAAAGCUGAUAUGCUUUCAUUUUGUGGGAAACAUGGAGUUCCAACACCACAUUUCGAUGACCUCUAUGUGGAUUUCAUUAACUCACGUGCGGAUGAUGAGACUACAGUUGAGCAUCAUUACCGGUGUGACGUUUUCAUGGUUGUCGUUGAUCAGCAAGCACAAGAGUUGAAUUGUAGAUUCAACAAACAAGCAACAAAGCUUCUAAUUUUGUGUACCUCCUUGGACCCUAGUAAUUCAUUCAGAUCAUUUAACAUUGAUAAUAUAUGUUCUCUAGCAUCAAAAUUCUAUGCAGCUGAUUUUGAAGAACAAGAAAGGAACAAUCUAAGGUGUCAGUUGCGACAUUAUGAAAAUGUUGUACCCACUAACCCAAAGUUUCAAAAUUUGACAAGUAUAUCAGAACUUUGUCAACAACUUGCAGCAACCAGGAAAUCGGAUGAAUAUCAUUUGAUUGAUAGACUGAUUCGACUUGUUCUUACUCUACCGGUUUCAACGGCAACGACAGAACGUGCAUUUUCUGCCAUGAAACUUGUGAAGACAAGGCUUCGGACUAAAAUGGAAGAUGGAUUUCUAAGGGAUUGCCUCGUAAUUUAUAUUGAAAAGGAAAUUGCGGCUGGAAUAUCAACAAAUGCAAUUAUAGAUGAGUUCGAUGAAUCGUCACGUCGAGUGCCAUUUACCUAAAACUAGUUUGUUCGUCUAUCUUUUGUUGUCUAGAUUUUUCUUUUGGGCGAUGACCAAUUUGAGAAGUGUACAUCCUUUUGCUGUCGACAAUGAA